UGACCGUGAGUCGCCAACCGAGAACGCCUGACAAUCUAUCAGUCGGUGGGACAUGGCAGGACGGAAGCUGAGCGCGCUGUCAGCCAGUACGGGGCGGGUGAGAGGGGAAGAGCCAGAGAGAGAGAGCGAGAGAGAGAGAGAGAGAGAGAGCGAGCGGGAGGACACAGAAGCCAGAGCCCGCUGAAUUUAACUUAUCUGCCACUUCCGUGACACUGAUGAUGCGUACUUUUAAAUAAAUUGAGAUAAGAAAAAAAUAAUAACUAGACUGACGAGAGACAGCAAAAAAGACCCGAGGAUACGAAGGAGAUCUUCUGUCGGAUGUGGAGGGUGGUGCUGCUGAAACUACCGGCCAACAUAAAUGAAUCACUAAAUCGGCAUCUGACUUUGGGAUGAGGACUGCUCUGCCUGUUGGUAUCGGUGGUUCGUUUGUUCGUUUAUAUUAUGUUACCUCAUUAUUUAGGAAUUAACACCCCUUUUAAGCUUUACUGGUGUGUAAACGACUGUCGUUUUAUUCUACCCACAUGUACUGCCUCUUAGCUGUACCGUGACUUAAGUUUGUUUGAUAGCUAAUGCUACACAAACACCUCUGCUCUGCCCCCAACCAGAGCGUACCUGGGGCACCACAAAAGUGGUGUAACUUUCGAAAUACCCCCAGUUUGUUUGUUCGUUUCUAUUGGUCAACGUUAGCAGGUUUUGUCCUGACGUUUUUCCCUCUAAUUUGGUAGCCCCUUACACCGAUAUGGUAUAGCCUCCCCCUUCCGGUUUUGCUUAAGAUAUUGGGGUAGUCGCUCCAUUUUGACCACCUGAAAUUCUGAGCAAUGGAUUCGGAUGCGGCACCUUCCAGCUUGUUGUCAAGCGACCAGGUUUUCGAACCCUGUUGCAGAAAUGUCUUUGGGGUUUGUAACAUCAUUGAUGACAGAUUUGCGCUGCCCCUCUGCCCUUCGUGCUUCUGCAAGCAAAUGAGCGCUGCAGACACAGACGUGGGAGAUAACAUGGCCGAGCAGGACAACCUGCCCUUUAACCAGACUUUCCAGGACCUGUGGAACCUCAUGCCGGCGCCGAAUGAGAGCGAGCACUGGGAAGACAUUGGAAAUCUGCUCGACGCUAGCUUUUUCGAGGCUACACCCCCCCAGCCCUCGGUGUCGCCCCCCGAAUGCGGGGUGCCCCCCUCCUCCACGGUCCCCACCACCUCCGACUACCCCGGGAGCCUGGACUUCCAGCUGCGCUUCACGCAGUCCAGCACGACCAAGUCUGUCACCAGCACGUACUCCUCCAUCCUGAACAAGCUCUACUGCCAGCUGGCCAAGACGUGUCCGGUGCAGAUGCUGGUGAGCCAGCCGCCCCCGUCCGGUUCUGUCCUGCGGGCCACCGCCGUCUACAAGAAGUCGGAGCACGUGGCCGAGGUGGUGCGCCGGUGUCCGCACCAUGAACGCGUCCCCGAGAAUAACGAAGGCCCCGCCCCCAGGGGUCACCUGAUCCGAGUGGAGGGGAGCCAGAGGGCUCAGUACAUCGAUGACACCAACACCCUCCGGCACAGUGUAGUGGUCCCCUACGAGCCGCCCCAGGUGGGCUCCGAGUCCACGACCGUCCUGUACAACUACAUGUGCAAUAGCAGCUGCAUGGGGGGCAUGAACCGGCGGCCCAUCCUCACCAUCAUCACGCUGGAGAGCCCAGAUGGCCAGCUGCUGGGACGGCGCAGUUUUGAGGUGCGCGUCUGCGCCUGCCCCGGCCGCGACCGGAAGACCGAAGAGGAGAACUACUCCAAGCUGCAGGAGAACUUGGCGUCCAAGACCAGCGGAGGCACCAAGCGCGCCCUUAAGGAACCAUCUCAGACCGGCCCCCGGCCUGAGCCCAGCAAGAAGACCAAGUCCAGCUCCAGCAACGAGGAGGAGAUCUACACACUGCAUAUCCGUGGUAAGGAACGUUACGAGAUGCUGAAGAAGAUCAACCAGAGCCUGGAGCUGGGAGAUGUGGUUCCCCUUGCGGACCAGGAGAAGUACAGGCAGAAGCUGCAAUCCAAGACGGCCAAGCGUGAGAAGGAGCGCGAAGCUCCGGAGCCUAAGAGGGGGAAGAAGCUCCUGGUGAAGGAGGAGAAGAGCGAUUCGGACUGAGUAGCAGGACUCCGGCCGGCCUGCAGCACUCGCUGGCCUUAUGCAUCCUUUUAGAGGAUUUUACUCUGUAGCGUGACUCUGUUAGUAACUCUGGCUGUUUUUUUAUAAUUUCUUAAAAUCGUUGACUUUGUAUUUUUGUAUUCCUAGUUCUUUCUUAUAUUCUAGACGGCCGGGGGGGGGGGAGUGAGCGUUUAUUUGUGUAUCACUGAUACUUCUGUUGCUAAUGGAAUCUCGGUUAUGUUGGGUUUUUGGUUUCUGUAUUUUUUUUUUCUUUUUCGUGCUGGAAAUAAGGGACCCAUUCAGGAAGCUUUUCUCUACACAAAACCGUGUCAACGUUUUAUUACUGUAAACGGGGUGAAGCGUCUCCGUUUCCUCUAACGGGUCUCAAGGAAGCUUCCUAAGGUUAAUCUCUGUGGCGUCGCACUGGUACCUUGGGUCACAUGACGCAUGGGCUGGCUCUGUGGGUUCUGGUGCAUUGUGGGUAAAGGGGAGGAGCUGGACUCCCUAGUGCGUGAGCCAUGCCUGAUACUCAUGAGUCCCCUCCGCUCCCAUUGUGUCUGUAGCUUCUGAGCGGCUCUGGGUCUGUACUCUGUACUUAAUAAUCAGCACACUGUGGGACAGACUUUGAUAUGCUUGUAGACUUUUUUUUUAUAUAAAAAAAACUUGUAGCCUUUAUUUUUUUUAUCACUUUUAAAUGAUACAAGCUAAAUAAACUUUUUAUACGAAUUCCCACA